UUCCUGGAUUGAUUUGGGUUUUUUUUUUUUUUUCACAUCAAAGUACGUUCAUCUCUAGGAGACAGAACGCAUUUCCUUGCUGAACGAUAUGAUGGCUGCAGGGUCCCAUGUUGUUUAAACUGUUUGGGGAAAAAAAUGAGCGUGGUACCUUCAGGCAUUUGGAAAUUGCUCCCAAGGAUAUUUACCAGACUUUUGGAGGUCCAUGAUUCUUUUUCUGAUAUCUUUGGCUGAUUUCUUUUGGUCAAAGUAGCAAGUAGCCUUUAAAUUACUGCCACAGCUUCACUUCCAGUUAACUAAAAUGAUGUCAUUUAGGCUAUCAGAAGCUUCUAAUGCCAUGGUCAUUUUCUGGAAGUUUUCCGUGUACAAAAGGUAUCCUGAACAACUUGCUAAAACUACACUUUGUUGACAUAAAGUCUGUGGAGGGGAUAAGUAUUUUAUUAAUAUUAUUUUUGAUAAUGUGUUAACCUAAACUUUAACCUAAGUGUAUGUAAAUUUAUGACUUCAACUGUAUAUCAGUGUAAACACUGAGAGAACCAGAACUAACAUGCAACAAUGUAUUAUUUUCUGCUUUAGAUCUAGGGAACUGUAAAUACACCCUAAAUAAACUUUAUUGAAAUACUACAAGAAUGGAAACAUUAUUGGUGGAGCUCCCUCUCUGGAGUUGUUGUUAACCCAGACCUCAUUGUCAUGGCCUUAUCCUUCAGACCAUGCAGAACUCAUCCUUCCUAAGCCUCACACCUCCUGCUCACAGCCCUUCUAUCACAGUACCACCCACCCGCAAGGAAGGCAGUGCAAGCAUGAUUACCACCUCUCACAUGAAUGGCCGUGUGAACGAUUCAGAGGACCGGAGAGAGGGAUGCAGUGCCGAUGCAGGUGAGGCUCAAGAUGAGCUCCUGCAGUGCCACCGGGAGAUGGCUGUGGACUGCCCAGGUGAGCUGGGUGCCCGCACUCUGCCCGUCCGGCGGAGUGCCCAGCUGGAGCGCAUCCGCCAGCAUCAGGAGGACCGCAGGAGGAGGGAGGAGGAGGGCCGCAGCCUCCAGGAGCUGGACCUUAACUCCUCCAUGCGCUUAAAGAAGCUUGCGCAGAACCCCAAGGUGGGCAUCGAUAACCCUACCUUUGAGCCCAUUGAGGGUUCUGGGGGUAUACAGCUACAAGGCUUCAACGGGGCCCCAAAAAUAUUAGAGCUGGAGGAGCUGCUGAUGUCUUUGAAGCAGGUACAGCACUGUCUGGGGGACGCUCAGAGUCAGGAGGACGUGGAGCUGGUGCUACAGCUUGUGCAAAAGCCUGACUUCCAGAAGGCCUUCCACAUCCACAAUGCUGUGGCACUGCACAUGAACCGGCCAAGUCCUCCUUUUCCCCUCACGGACUGUGCCCAAAGUCUUGCACAUGAGGUCCAGACCAUGCUGCGCAAGAGUGCGCAAAAGGAGGGAGUAGAGCUUAGCACCUUGCUGAAAAGCCCUCACAUGCAGGCUCUCAUGCUGGCCCAUGACAGUGUGGCAGAGCAGGAGAUGCAGCCAGACCCCCUCAGCCCUCUCGAUGGCCCAUGUGAGACCCUCACACAGUGGGGAGGAGAGACUGUCAAGAUUGUACACAUAGAAAAAGCCAAGGACAUACCACUUGGAGCUACUGUGAGGAACGAUAUGGACAGUGUGAUCAUCAGUCGCAUUGUAAAAGGUGGAGCUGCAGAGCGCAGUGGGCUGCUACAUGAAGGGGAUGAGAUCUUGGAGAUCAACAGAGUUGAGAUCCGUGGCAAAGAUGUCAAUGAAGUUUUUGAUAUUCUGGCAGAGAUGCACGGCACAUUGACCUUCAUUCUGAUCCCGAGUCCACAGACUAAACUUCCUCCCAUUAAAGAGACUGUGGUUCAUGUGAAGGCACAUUUUGACUAUGAUCCUUCUGAUGACCCAUACAUACCGUGCCGAGAACUGGGUCUUUGCUUCCAAAAGGGAGACAUACUCCACAUCAUUAGCCAGGAUGACCCCAACUGGUGGCAAGCCUACAGAGAUGGAGAUGAAGAGAACCAGCCUCUGGCAGGCCUUGUGCCAGGCAAGAGCUUUCAGCAGCAAAGAGAAGCCAUGAAACAAACAAUAGAGGAGGAUAAAGAGCCUGAGAAAUCAGGGAAACUGUGGUGUGCAAAAAAGAACAAGAAGAAGCGGAAGAAGCUGCUAUAUAACGCAAACAAAAACGAUGACUAUGACAUUGAGGAGAUUCUUACCUAUGAGGAGAUGGCAUUAUACCAUCAGCCAGCCAAUCGCAAGCGGCCCAUUGCUCUCAUUGGACCUCCAAACUGCGGCCAGAAUGAGCUAAGACAAAGACUCCUGUCUUGUGACCCUGACCGGUUUGGAGGCGCAGUUCCUCACACCACACGGAACCGAAGGGACGGAGAGGUGAGCGGUCGCGAGUACCACUUCGUGUCUCGCCAGUCUUUUGAGAUGGACACUAUGGCAGGAAAGUUCAUUGAGUCUGGAGAGUUUGAGAAGAACCUCUAUGGUACCAGCACAGACUCAGUGCGACAGCUCAUCAAUAGUGGCAAAAUCUGCCUCUUAUGUUUGCACACUCAGUCUCUGAAGGUAUUGCGCAGCUCGGACCUGAAGCCCUACAUCAUCUUUAUUGCACCACCCUCCCAGGAACGACUGCGUGCCCUCUUAGCUAAAGAAACCAAGAACCCAAAGCCUGAGGAGCUGAGGGACAUCAUAGAGAAAGCCAGGGAGAUGGAGCAGAACUUUGGCCACCUGUUUGAUGCGACCAUAGUAAACACUGACCAGGACAAGGCCUACCAGGAGCUGCUGCGGCUCAUCAAUAAACUGGAUACUGAGCCUCAGUGGGUUCCUUCCUCCUGGCUGCGCUGAGAUGACUCUUUUUAGACACACAAACAUACACAGAAAAGAUUGUCAAGUAGGCUGUAUGUGGUUGUUGCUGUGCGGUUUAGUGGACUGCAAGAGGAGACAUCUGAUUGUUGGCUGUGUCAGGACACUACAUAUCUACACUUAACCACAGUCUGAACACUCAAAUUAUUAUGAAUGCUGGACAUAACUGUUUCUGUUCACUAUCCUGAGUAUAUUCCGCCUUUUUUCCCCCUUAUGAACCCAAUGUAUUUCUUCACACUAAAUAACCUACCCACAUUCUGGAAAUACGUAAGAAAAUCACCAGCACUUAGGUAGCAACAAUAAUUUAAGUGCUUCUAGACUGCUUUUGAUUAUUAUUUAUAAAUGUAAAUAUGCAUUUUUAAACACUGUCAAGGGACAAUUUCUGAACUGUGGACAGGGAGUGAGAACAUUUUUGCAGUUACUCAGCUGGAGAAAUUACCAAGAGCUGCUAGAAUAAUAUCAACAUAUCUACAGACAAUAUCGUAAACUAUGUUAGUUCAUAGUUAAAGUAGAAUUUGAACAGGGUUCUUGGAUGUAAUGAAGGAUGCAAUGAACUGCUCACAUUGUCGUUUUUUCCUCUGAAGGGCCUCUUUUUUGAAUUGCUUCCCUUUAUAAAGCUUCUGAAAGACAAUUUUUGUUAAAUCUGAAAAAAGUGUUAUUUUACAGGAAAUGGAAAUGUCAUUUGUGUGCCUGAAUUCAAAUUUCCUUGCAGACAGGUGGUGUGAAACUCUAGAAUUUUUUUGAGGAAAAUGAUGGACAUGUCUGACAAGGAUUAGUCAUAGGUGAAUCAAUUUCCCUCAAUGUAGAUGAAGAAGAAUAAUCUUCAACUCACAUCAUGAGUCUGUCACGUGGUUUGUUGCUGUGUUUUGGUGGACGUUAGCUAUAUCCCAUCUGAAGAACACUAACUCUGAAACUUCCAUACCACAGAAAAGGAUGAACACUGAAGUGGCAAAACCCCAAUGCCUCUACCAUUUCAAGUGACACAGCCUAUGACAACCAACACUGUGAUUAUGACUGACAAUACUUUGUGCGAUUAGGAUCAGGUUAACAAUGUUGUAUUGCUUUUUUUUUUUUUUCUUUUGUGUGUUUGUGUGUAUUUUACAAUGCAAAUCUGUGCUUUCUGUCUCAGUAUUCACAUGCACUUCCAGAACUUCCAGAAGUGUGACCAGUAUUGUAAACAAGUAUUUGACAGCAAUACAGUGAGAUUCACGUACUAAGCAUAACCAUCCUAGUCUUAGUCUUUUCUUUGCUUAAUUUAAAAAUAAUUUUUGUUCCCUUUUCUUUAAGUGAGUUAAAUCACUUGCAAAGUGGAAGUGAUACUCAGAAACGUGUAGUUCCUCAUAACUUUUGGUCAACCAACCAAAAAAAUAAAAAGCUCAAGUUCAAGCACUGUGGAGAAAGAAAGAAUGACACAAAUGUGCAUGUGUGUGCGUGACCUGGGUGUCUUCCUGUGCAGUUCAUGAGAGCAUGUUCUGAAAAUUCUGAAAUUUGAUUAUGAACGGCAGAAUGUUGAUUUGUUUAUACUUGUAACAGUUUAUAAGUGAAACCUUUUUAAAGGAAAUACUGUCUCUGAAAUUGUAGAAUGCAGAUAAGUGUUACAUCCUGUGACUUUAGCACACACUGGAAACAUUAUUUUUAAUUAUUUUUAAUUAAUAAUCACUAUGUUGAAAGCAACCUGUAUAUUUUUAUGUACAAACAUCCACAGCAAAUACCCAACUUAACCUAGCUUUUCUCUGGAAUAUCAGUCCAUGUUUCGUACUGGUUCUGGCUGGACUGCAACCAGUCAACAUGUGAUAUAGUUACUGGAAGUGGAACUAAUGAAUGUAAAAUAAAAAUCACUUUUCUGUCUGAGAAAACAUUUUUGUAUGAAUUAUACAUGUGAAUUAUUAAAAACGAGAUUAGUAGACAUUU